AUGAAGAAAUUUUAUUCAAGUAAGAUGAUGUAAUAUAUUAAUAAGCAAUACAAUAACUAGACAUAUUUGGUCAAACAAUCACAUUAAAUAUAAAUAAGGAAUCUAAUUACAAAACAUUUUUUGGAGGAAUUUCAUCAAUAUUGAUAAUUGCAAUUUUGAUUGCUUUUUUUUUUUCAAAUGUUAUGGAUUUCCUUAAUUAAACAGAAAUCAUAUUUUCACUUGAAACUAAAUUCUCUAUUAAUCCAGAUGAUAUGAUUUUGACAUCAUAAAAUUAUAUGGCAGCAUUUUCAAUAGAAUAAAAAGGAUUUGCAAUCAGUCCAUUUUUCAAUAUUUCAAUAGAAUAAAGGUAUUAUUAUAUUGAUUUAGACAAUACAUUCGAGAUGAAAAUGGAAAAUUAAUAAAAAAUAUAAGUUAUAUUCCUUUAGAAACUUGUACAUUAUCACACUUCGACCUCUUAUUAAACCAAUCAGAUAUCAAUUUUUAGGAAUAAUAUAAUUCGCUUGAUCUCUCAAAUUGGUUAUGUCCCAAGUAUAAUAAUUGAAUAAAUUAAGAAAGGAUUUUUAAUUCAAACUUAGUGGUACAUAUUCUAGUUAGGAAUUUAAUUUUAUUAAAAUCAUUGUAAAUGAUUGUAUAGACAAUAAAGACAAUGAAACAGAAGGAUGGAAUCCGGUUUGUGCAUCAGAAUAAACUAAAUAAUAACAUUUAUAAAAGGAAGGCUAAUUUAAAUUUUAAAUUUAUUAAGUUAAUUCUGUUGUUAAUCCAGGCUAACCAAAGACUUAUGUAAGUUCAUAUUUAGAUGGAGAAAUGUAUUUUACAUUUGUUCCAAAAAAGAUGUCCAGAUAAGCUAACUUAUUUUACAGAAAAUAUAAGUUUUUUAAUGAUUUAUCACUAUUACCACUAGAGUAUUUAGAUUAAUAUUUAUUAUUAAGGAAUAUCCAUUAAGAAGAAGUUGUAGUAAGAGAGAAUUCAGAUUAUAGAGACUUAACCGAGAUAGGAAGAGAUACAGAUGAUAACUAUGCCAUUAUUUAUUUGAGGAGAAGUUAAUUUUCUGAGAUAGUUAAUAGAAGAUAUACUUAGAUAGGAGAAUUACUUUCUUAUUUAGGAGGAUUUCUAUAGAUAAUGAUAACUGGAUUAGGAAUAUUCAUUAUGUAUUAUAAUAAAAUUUAAAGUAUCAUAAUAAUAUAUUUAUUAUUUAGUGCAGAUAGAGUUAUCAAAUAAAUUAUAUAAUUUUAAGAUAAGUUCUGGGAAGGAAUAAAAUUAAAUGAGUAUAAUAAAACCCAGUUAGGUAUCAAAUGCAAAGGGUUUAUCAUUAUCAGUUGAGGAUUCAUAGAAUUAGAAUUUAAAUGAUAGUCUUGUUGAUGAGAAAUACAAGAAGAAUUAUUUAAAGAAAGCAAUUAUUAAAUAGUUUUAGUAAAUGAAUCAGAUUAGUUUAUCAAUGAAAUUAAUAUUAAAUUAGAUUACUUUUGGAUUAUUAUUCAACAAUAAUGAUUCUUAAUUUUUGAACAAAGCUAUGUAUUUAUUAUUAUUAAUAGUGAUUAAUUUUAGUAAUAAAGUGAAUAAUGACCUUAAUAUUCAUGAUAUCCUUUAUAAGAUUUAAGAAAUAUAGAAAUUAAAGCAUGUAUUAUUGAGAAGAUCUCAAAUAAUUUUAUUUAAUUUUACACCAAAACCUCUGAUUACUUUGGAUGAAGAUUAUCAAUUACCAAACCGUAUGGAUAUAGAGGAGAAUUUAAGUGAUUUGAUAAAUUCUAAUUUUGAAGAAAAGAAUGAAAAGAAUUUAUUUACUGACAUAUAUCAUGUAUUAAUUCUUAUUAUAUGAAGGCUUAUAUGGAAAUAAAAAAGGAAUUAGAUGAUGAAUCAAUGCCAUUUUGUUAAUUUUAAUUAAAUGCAUAAUUGGCUUUAGAAUUAGGACCAUAAAUGCAAGAGAUAUUCAAGAAUUAAGAAUAGAUUGAGAAUUAAGAAAAGGUGGCAUUUUCAAUUAUAUUAAAAUCUGUAAAUGAAUGA